AGUACAUCUUGCUUAUCUCGACGUUACUCAGGCUCUGUUACUUUCGAGUUGACAUCACCGUGAGCCAAUCGAGUCCGAGCUUUUCAAGAAGUUUAGUAGUGCGGUGGUGACGGCCCUGGGAACCCAAAAACCGCAACCAGAUUGCCGGGAAACGCGCAGGACAAGGGGGGUUGUACGUUUUCUCCCCGAACGGCGAAACAUUCGCAUGUGCACCCCUUUGUCCACCUGUCUCACCAGUUUUUCUUCUUCGGCGAUUGACACCCGAAAACUGCAACAUCCGACUACGGGCUCAAGGGCUUUCUCACUCUCCCUUGUCACCGCCCUGCCCUUGAUCUUGAUCAUCAUCAAACAAACCCAACUGGGGCUGACGGGAUCUGACAGGGGGAAGAGAGAACCUCAGAAACAUGCACCACGGUACCUUUUGCGAGGCUUUCAAGGAGUGGUCCGUGGCAUUCCGUACCCCCAACAUCGCCACGUAUUCUUGCAUUUCAGCAUCAACUUUCCCAUCCCGCGCGACGGUCGACGUCCGGAUGGCACCUUGCUGAAGAAGGGUGGGAUCGAGAAUAAGAAGGAACAAAAUCGACCGCAGGGCGAGAACAGAUUGUCAGGGGAAAUUACCAGAGACAGCGGGCCAGCCCGAGUUUACCGUCCGCGCCCAUUGCUUCUUUCACAGAAGACGCCUUCGACGAACCGUGGUAGAGCGAGAGCAAGAUCAGCAGUGACCCCCAAUAAGACAAUCACAACGAGGCGAACAGCGGUAUUUGCACCAGCAACCAGUCAAUACCGAGAGGCAGUGCGUGGCAUGUUGGAAAGAAUAGCCCGAAAACGACCCCUGUACUCCGUGCAACAUGGACUUGCCCAAUAACCACACCGGUGACCGCGGUGCCGCGGCAGCUCUAAGGCCCCCUUGUCGCCGCCCGUCCCUUUUGUCCCCAGGCCGGUCC